AUGGCAGUCUCAAAGUGUCGCAAGCUGCACCGCGACCUGAGCGCAUGGAACAUCCUUAUCGACCCCGACUCGAAGAGGGGCCUUCUGACGGACUGGGAUCUGUGCGCGCCGAUGCCCAGUGCAGAGGCAUGCGAAGAGGAUCCGAGCAUCAACCCCCUGGCGCAGAUACCGAACAGCUCUGGCCGCCCCGACCGUACGUAUAUGCCCGUACGGGAAGCCACGGCCAUCGCGAUCGUGGACGAGCUCCUCCUGUCAUACACUUUUCGAGGCGGUGUCCCGGUCGGCGGCGAUACCAAGCGGUCGUUCCUAUCGGGCAGCGGAAACUUCAAGCUCGAGCUCUCCCCCGAUACUACACGAGGCUGGCUCAAGUAUCAGACCGCGCUCGAGAGAUACACACCGGACCCGCUCCUUGACGACGUGCCACCGGCUCCGACGGACUUGUGCGAUUACGACAAGCUUGAUGCGACUUGGAGGCGGAUACUUGACCAGGGCGUCUUCAUGGACAACGAUCGCCUCAACGACCCGGACCACACACAAGACCCCUUCCAUGUCUCUGCAGUGUACAGGAGGUCUCUGGAAAUGGAGGCAGACAAGCAGGUCGAGCUCCAGACAUCGGCCCAGUUGAUUCUGGCUGAGUCGCAACGGACGGAGGCGGAGGCGCGACAGGCGGAGAUGCAGCGCGCCAACCCCAAGACGUCUAUCGACAAGACGGGGAAGAUGAAGAGGGGGAAGAGGGGCCCACAAGGAGCAAAACAAGGAGAAGAACGAGGAGGCCUUUGUCUUACGGUCCCCUUCCCGGUCGGCAUCGUCCUUGCGGGUAGAGACGCGGGCAUGUGCGAGAAUGGGCGGGAGGAGGCGGAGGUGGCAGCCGAAGCGAUCGAGGAGGACGCGGGGCGCGCGGCGAAGCGACAGAAGACGAACCCGGAUCGGUCUGGGACGACUUCGCCGGACAAGCUCAAGAAUUCGACGCAGGAGUAG